GCUUGAGGCCGGGCCCAGGUGCCCCGCGUCGCCCCGUGGCGCCGCCCAUGGUACCCGGCGCUCCUGCCCCCAGCCCAUGAGCAGCUGAGCCUCCAGACUGCAGCUCCACUCCUGUCCGCCCCCACGGCCACACCAUGUCCGGCUCCUACGACGAGGCGUCGCUGGCUCCGGAGGAGACCACCGACAGCUUCUGGGAGGUGGGGAACUACAAGCGGACCGUGAAGCGCAUCGACGACGGCCACCGCCUGUGCAACGACCUGAUGAGCUGCGUGCAGGAGCGCGCCAAGAUCGAGAAGGCCUACGCGCAGCAGCUCACCGACUGGGCCAAGCGCUGGCGCCAGCUCCUGGAGAAAGGCCCACAGUACGGCAGCCUGGAGCGGGCCUGGGGUGCCAUGAUGACCGAGGCAGACAAGGUGAGCGAGCUGCACCAGGAGGUGAAGAACAGCCUGCUGAACGAGGACCUGGAGAAGGUCAAGAACUGGCAGAAGGACGCCUACCACAAGCAGAUCAUGGGCGGCUUCAAGGAGACCAAGGAGGCUGAGGACGGCUUCCGCAAGGCCCAGAAGCCCUGGGCCAAGAAGAUGAAGGAGCUGGAGGCAGCCAAGAAGGCCUACCAUUUGGCCUGCAAGGAGGAGAAGCUGGCCAUGACGCGCGAGAUGAACAGCAAGACGGAGCAGUCGGUGACCCCCGAGCAGCAGAAGAAGCUGCAGGACAAAGUGGACAAGUGCAAGCAGGAUGUGCAGAAGACACAGGAGAAGUACGAGAAGGUGCUUGAAGACGUGGGCAAGACCACACCCCAGUACAUGGAAGGCAUGGAGCAGGUGUUCGAACAGUGCCAGCAGUUUGAGGAAAAGCGGCUGGUCUUCCUCAAGGAGGUGCUGUUGGACAUCAAACGCCACCUUAACCUGGCCGAGAACAGCAGCUACAUCCAGGUUUACCGGGAGCUGGAGCAGGCCAUCCGGGGGGCCGACGCCCAGGAAGACCUCCGAUGGUUCCGCAGCACCAGCGGCCCCGGCAUGCCCAUGAACUGGCCCCAGUUUGAGGAGUGGAACCCAGACCUCCCCCACACCACCACCAAGAAGGAGAAACAGCCCAAGAAGGCGGAGGGCGCGGCGCUGAGCAACGCCGCUGGGGCAGUGGAGUCCACAUCCCAGGCCGGGGACCGCGGCAGCGUAAGCAGCUACGACAGAGGUCAGCCCUACGCCACUGAGUGGUCGGACGACGAGAGCGGGAACCCCUUCGGGGGCAGUGAGGCCAACGGCGGCGCCAACCCCUUCGAGGACGACGCCAAGGGCGUGCGCGUGCGGGCGCUCUACGACUACGACGGCCAGGAGCAGGACGAGCUCAGCUUCAAGGCCGGAGACGAGCUCACCAAGCUGGGCGAGGAGGACGAGCAGGGCUGGUGCCGCGGGCGGCUGGACAGCGGGCAGCUGGGCCUCUAUCCCGCCAACUAUGUGGAGGCCAUCUAGCUGCCCCCCGCCCUCCACGUGCCCCUCACCCCUCCCUUUCCGCCCUCGUCUCCUUCCCCUCGCCAUAGAGUUCCAGACAUAUUUUCCAAUCAAGCUUUUAUUUUUUUAAAAGUCAAAACAGAACAAAACAAAAAAAUACAAAGAGACAGAGCAUUUGCAGGGCCACCCGGAGGCCAGGGUGUCGGGGGCUUGGGAGCAAGCCCCAUGGUGGGUGAGGGCCUUGGGACUCAGCCCUUCAGAGCCCACCAAAGAGUCUCCCGAGGCCUGAGGGCGUCUUCUGGACCCUUCUACCCUGCCUCACUCCCCGCCCCGCCCCAGGCUGCCAGCACCUGCCCGAUCUCUGGGCCUGGUUUCCUGACCUCUUCUCCCUCCCCCUCCCCGGCCCCCCAGACUCCUAGAAGGGAGGCCUCCUAAUCUUCAGUCUUCCACUUGUCCCGGGGAGUGGCCUUCUCCCAAGUCCCAUGCUUGGGGACCCAGGGAGCUGGAGGAGGAAUGGUCACCCUGCUCCCCCCGCCCUGGAGGGUUCCAGGAGGCUGAGCUGGUGAGUGGAGGGUGAGUGGGGGGGGGGGCACCCAACUACAGGCCCGGCCUGCGGACUGUGGGGGUCUUCCUUCCCCGCAGUCAACUCUUGCAGUGGCUCUCCCUUGGGGGGGCUCCCUCAUAACUUGCAGAGACCCCACCCCUCUCAUAAGUCCUCUGGCACGGGGUGGGGGCCCCAAAACCCAGGGCAAAGCCAGCAACAGUAGCAGCCUCUCCCAUUUCCUGGGGAUGAGGGCCUCUUGCCCACUUACCCACCUUCCCUCCAGCCCAUCUGAAGUCGUAGACUCACUAGGCUCAGUGUCAAGCCUCUGUGAGACCAAGCCUGGGGCUUACCUACAAGGCUCCAGGCCUAACCAUUCCCCCUUCCCUGCCCUCGCCUGCCUGGGGAGCACUGGGGGGCCCAUGGCAGCCUCCAGCUGGGACCACCAGGGGACAGCCUGCAGUUGAGCUUGGCAGGCAGGAGGAGCCCAGCCCCCGGAAGUAGGACACUCACCUGCGCUUUCUUCCUAGUCCCCCCGCCUCCAGGACAACACCACCCACCCACCCACAGGUGGCCGCUCCAGCUCUGGAUCCAAGCCUGGGUCACAGUUAAAGGCAGUGGUGCAGGAGAGCUGGGUGCCGGCCUCUCCUAUUCGAGGGAGCGGGGUUUGGGAAGCAGGCCAGGACUGGACGAGACCCCGAGGUGGGUGCUGGCUCAGAGUGCCCUCCAGGGUGGGGACCCGAGAUGUCCUGCUGCCACCUGGUGUGACCUGCUCUUGGCUGGCACCGCUUGUAGCGCCUGGCCUGCACCUGCGGCCUUCCUCCUGGGGCCUGCAGGCCAAGAGUGUGACUCUCUAGCCGGUCACUCCACGGUCCUCUUAGCUGCCUGCUGCUUCUCCCAACAGCCGCUGUGAGGAGGCAGCAGACUCCAGCCUCAAGGCUCCAACUUCCACGUGGGCACAGAGACAGACUGUGGCAAGGGCCGGAGCUGGGGCUGGCACACCGCCCCUCCCCCACCACGUGCUGCCCGCUCCCCCUUGUCACUGUCUCUCCCCUGGGCCUCUGCUGCAGCCUGAGGCAUGUCCAGGGCCCUUCAGAGCCUGAGGCAAAUUUCUGAAGCUUGCAGCCCCCCUAAAUCCAAAGCAAACAUUCCCCAGUUUCUCCCCAACCCCAGGCAGGAGCUGGAGCUGGGAGGGGCUUCUGCGCCUCCCCCUGGAAAGACAGGCAGCUGGUGCAUCUGCCCCCUGGGGCCCGGGCUCCCAGCAGCUCCUCGGCCCCUGAGGAGAGGCUGUGGCCUGGCUGGACUCAGACCCGUCCCCAGCUGCCCACUGCAGGGCAAGGACUCAAAACCCCCCUAUAACGAGCACCCACCUCCUCGGCCCCCAGGCUUCUCAGGACCCCGGCACGGGAGGGGCUCCGUUGGAAGUCCCCCUGAGUUCUGGGGACCCAGCCCUACCUGUCAGUGCUGGUGUCAGGGCGCUCUGCCCGCGGCCUCCUCCUGUAGCUCCCGCCCGCACCCUCCAUGCUGCGCAGGCCCGCCCUGGCCGGGCUCGGCGAGUCGCGUGUUUCGUCCCCAGUUAACCACCUCCGUGCGGCCCGGUGCCUGCCGCCCGUUGUCUGCUGCCCUAGGCUUCCUGAUUCCAUUAGUCCGACACUUGUGAAAC